CUAUCAUAAAUCAAAAUUCACAAUUACCUAGCACCGAACUUAUUCGGAUUUGAUGCACUUACCCAAGAAAUUAACAUAUUCUCUUUCAGAAUUAGAGUUGUGUGGAAAAAUGUCGUCUUUGGGAGCAGGGAAAGGGCUUUUGGAGGUGGGAAAGUUUGCUUGCUAUGUAACUGUUCCCAUUGUUCUUAUGUAUGCUUUUGCCAACAACACCAAAAAUCUCCAGAAAUUCAUGGGUGGACGUUCUUAUGUGGUCUAUCCGCCUGAGGGACCAAGGCCCCCAUCACCAGAGGAAAUGCGAGAGAUGGCUCGUGAACUUGCUCGUAAUAGGAAAAAUCAAUAAGAUCGUGACACAGGACUCAGAAUGGUAUGAUAGAGCUUUCGGGUUCUCUAAUAUCAUUUGGAUAUCUACUUAUGAAUGUAAUGUCAAUCUGACACCAUCUCUGUAUUUAGUAUACCUUAUGGUCUGAUAAAUAGAAUUAUGGGAUAUUAAUUCAUGUUUGUAUUCUUAGUUCAAAUGUGCAUGUUUUGGAGCUCAUUUGUGUCUUCCUGACCUUUUUCCCGUUACCGAAGGGGGCAUGUAGAAUUGUAGAUGUCCCUAAUCGAAUAAAUUUAUUAAACCUUGAUUAUGUUUCAGAUUAUAAUGGAGUUAAUGACUUAUU